GUGACCAGUGCAGAAGAGGUGAUCCAUGUGACUGGAUAUGUGGGGAGUAUGGUUAACGUUUCCUGCUCCUAUGAUGAAGGUUACGAGUCUUAUGAGAAGUAUCUGUGUAAGAACGACUGUGGCAACAGUGAUGUUCUUAUUACAACAUCGGAAUCAAGGAAAAACAAAUACAGGAUCCAUGAUGACAAAACAGCACGAAUCUUCACAACAACCAUCUCUGAUCUUCAUUAUACGGAUGCUGGGAAAUACUGGUGUGGAGUGACCGGAAAUGGGAAAGAUAUCUACACUGAAGUCAAGCUGAAGUUAGACAGCUGCUGUGACACUGUGACCAAAAUUGAAAGUUAUGAGGGUUACUCUGAGUCCAUCGUUUGUCUGUUCGAGUCUCAGUACCAGAACAGCCUGAAGUACAUCUGCAGAGGAAAUCGGCCCUCCACAUGUCUGCAGCAGGCACUGAUCACCUCUGACACCAAACAAAAUGGACGAUUCAGACUUGACGAUGACAAAGUGUCUGGAACAUUCACAGUAAACAUUAGCAGUUUGACUCAUAAUGAUUCAGGGUCAUACCUCUGUGGUGUUCAAAGAAACUCUGACGUGGAUGUUUUCUCUGCUGUUGAGCUGAAGGUCAAAGAGUGGUGCUGUGUCAAGUCAAUUAAAAUAAAAGGUACUGUUGGACAGCCUCUAGCUUUGCAGUGUCCUUAUCCUCCACAACAUCGGGACAAAGGGAAGUUCCUCUGCAAGGGAGAGCAGCUCAACAGCUGCAAAGACAUAACCAGUCAAAGCAGGUUCAAACUUGAAGGUAAUGGUUCUUUCAGCUCUUUCUCUGUGGUGAUCACAAAGUUGGAAGAAGCAGAUGCUGGGACAUACUGGUGUGGGUCAGACUCAGAGAGGAUGCCUGGAAACUACACCAAGAUUCAGCUUUCAGUUGAUGCAAGACACUAUGUGGUUUACACUGUUCCUCCCCUGCUGCUGCUACUGAUGUGUGUUUUUGCGGUUAUAGUUCAUAAGUGCAAACAUCAGAAAGUAAAAGAAGAUGAAGUUGUCAUGAACAAAAAUGCACAGAACGAAGACGCUUUAGAGGAAGUGACAGAUGCAGCAAAAAAAUAA